AUGCUGUUCGAGAAGAGCAGGAAGGAGCCCGAUGUCGCGGUCGACAUCGCUCCCGCGCACCACUCGGUGUCUGACUCGGGCGACUAUGGUUCGCACGAUCUCUCCAAGACGGAGGCCCAGGGCGGCCACACCGUCAUGACCGACGGUGUGUUCGGAAACAUGGACGACCACUCUGGACCCAACUACCGUGCUGUUGGAAAAUGGGGCGCGCUGAUCCUCAUGACUAAGGCUAACCUGGGUCUUGGUGUGCUUGCUCUUCCGUCCGUGUUCGCUACUCUGGGUAUGGUCCCGGGUAUCCUCUGCAUCGUUGCUAUCCAGACUAUCAUUGCCUACUGUGGAGUGGUCAUUGGAUCUUGGAAGAUGACCCACCCUACCACGCACUCGCUCGCUGAUGCUGGAGGCAUCAUGGGCGGAUGGAUUGCUCGCGAGUUCCUUUUCCUCAUCUUCUUCGCGACUAGCGGUGGUGGGUCAUGCGGUCGAAGCGGUCGGUCAUCUGAGCUGGAGGGUUUGGUCAGCGAGGGCUUGGCUGGGGUGGAGGGCAGGCUUGGCUGGAAAAAAUGGGUCGAAAUUGGACAUGUGGGAGGCACAUGGACCCUGCACUCAGCCCAGCCUGCCCCUCUCGCCCGCCUUCCCUCCUCUUCGAUGCCUGCCCUACGGUACUCGGCCCCGAACGCUCAACCGACCCUGUCAAUCAUGAUUUUCAUUCUCGGCUCUGCGUGUGUCGGUGUCUCCACCGCCCUUAACGCCGUCUCCAGCCACGGUGCAUGCACUGCUGUCUUUGUCGCCGUCUCGGCCAUUGCCGGCUUCCUCCUCGGCUCGAUCCGUACCCUCGGCCGCAUCUCGUGGAUCGGAUGGGUCGGUAUCUUCUUCAUCAUGGCCUCGAUCCUGACCCUCACCAUUGCCGCCGGUGUCCAGGACCGCCCCGCCGACGCUCCUCAGGCGCCUCUCCCCUGGGAUAAGGACCUCAAGAUCUUUGCCCAGCCCACCUUUGCCGCCGCCAUGUCCGCCAUCAACAACAUUGUCUUCUCUUACGGCGCGACCCCGAUGUACUUCGGUAUUGUCUCCGAGAUGCGUGACCCGCGCCAGUACGCACCCAUGAUGGUCACCUCGGUCUGCUCGCUCACUGUCGUCUACCUUGUUAUUGGCUCGGUCGUCUACUACUACUGCGGACAGUACGUCGCUUCGCCCGCCCUCGGAUCUGCCGGUCUCCUCAUGAAGAAGGUCUGCUACGGCAUUUCCAUCCCCGGUCUGCUCGCCUCUCUCACUAUCUUCACCCACGUGUGCGGCAAGACCCUCUUCGUCCGUCUCAUGAAGGGCUCUCGCCACCUCGCCGCCAACACGAUCCAGCACUGGGCCGCCUGGCUCGGCUGCACUGCCUUCUCCGUCAUUGUCGGCUACAUCAUUGCCUCUGCGAUCCCCAACUUCGGCUCGAUCAUCGGCCUCGUCGGUGCGCUCUUCUGCCCCAUCGUGUGCAUCAUCCCCUACACCUUCAUGUGGUGGAGCCUGAACAAGAAGGGCCGCCGCCUCAGCGAGCUCACGUUCCGCAAGAAGAUUGCCUACGCCGUCAACAUUCUCUUCUGCAUCAUCGGCUUCUUCCUCCUCGGCGCCGGCACGUACGGAGCCGUCGUCGACCUGCGCAAGACGACGAGCGAGUCCAAGCCCUGGUCGUGCGAGAACAACUCGGGCCCCUACUAA